AUGGCGUCUGGUCUGCGCCAGUUCGUCCACGAUGUCUCGCCGUACCUUGUCCUCUUGAUUGUCAUCAGCACCCUUGGGUCUCUGCAGUUCGGGUACCAUCUGGCCGAGCUGAACGCACCACAAGAUGUCAUCACCUGUCAGAAGAAGUCCAUCUCGACUCGGAUCGCUGCCCUCUUCUCGUCUCUAAGCUCCGGCGACGCCCAUACACCGGACACUGCCGAUUGCAUACCCAUGGACAAUGCUGCGUUCGCUGUCGUCUCCAGCACCUUUACGAUUGGAGGACUCGUCGGUGCGCUCGGGGCAGGCCCGAUAUCGUCGGCCAGAGGACGGCUUCUUGCGAUGCGACUUACAAGUGUGCUCUUCGUCAUCGGCUCCUUGGUCGAGACGGUAGCCCGCUCGGUUCCCGUCAUGUCUAUUGGGAGACUCUUGUCUGGCGCUGGCGCAGGAGCAUCGACCGUCAUCGUGCCACUGUACAUCAGCGAGAUCGCCCCGCCCAAGGAGCGAGGCUUCUUUGGCGUCAUGACCCAGAUCAGCAUCAACGUCGGUAUACUGGCAACCCAGACCCUGGGGUACUUCCUGAGCUACGGCUCCGCCUGGCGAUGGAUCCUCGGCACGGGAGUCGUGAUCGGUGGAGCACAGGGCCUCGGCCUUUCCCUCGUCCCCGAGAGCCCAGCUUGGCUCGCCGCCAACAAGAGCGUUUCUCGAGCGAAACGAACGCUCCAACGCAUCCGAGGCAAGGACUACGACAUUGAGGAAGAAGUUGCAUCCUGGGGCUCGGACGUCGUGAUCCCCGAAGAGGAAGGCCUCCUGGAUGGCGCUGCAGACGCCGACGUAAACCCUACGACAACCAGGAGGGGUUCGACUGCGGGCUCCGCAACCAAAGGAGGCAGAAAAAGUGGCCACCACGGUUUUCUCCAAGUCGUCCGGGACCCCGACACUCGGCCGGCCAUAGUUGCCGUCAUUGGCAUCAUGUUUGCCCAGCAACUAUGCGGCAUCAACUCCAUCAUCAUGUACUCGGUAUCCCUGCUUGCAGACCUGCUCCCGAUCAGCUCGGCGCUCUUAACCAUCGUAAUCUCGGCCAUCAACCUGAUCGUGACCGUGUCAUGCUCCCCUCUGCCGGAUAAGCUCGGCCGCAAGACCUGUCUGCUGCUGUCCAUCGCCGGACAAGGCACCAGCGCCUUGUGUCUCGCACUCUCCAUCAUAUUUGGGAUCAAGAUCCUGAGCGCCGUGACGGUACUUUUCUUUGUUGCGGCAUUCGCUGUCGGCCUCGGGCCUGUCCCCUUUAUGAUGGCCAGCGAACUUGUAGGCCAGGAGGCUGUUGGCGCGACGCAGAGUUGGUGCCUCGCAGCCAACUAUAUUGCCACAUUUUUGGUUGCCCAGUUCUUCCCCAUCAUCAAUGCUGCCCUGAAUGAGCGGUUUGGCCGUGCCGGCUGGGUUUAUUUUGUGUUUGCUGCACUGGCUGUGUGCUCGGGCCUAUUCGUGUCCUGGAAGGUACCAGAGACGAAAGGCAAGAAGGACGCGGAUGAAGUCUGGGGGCGGACAAGACGUCUUGAUUGA